UCCAAAAUCGGCCCAUAACUUUUCUCGUAUAUUCUUCGUUUGGGCUGCACCCAUAUAUUCAGACAAAAAAUGGCGCAGUAGUUGAAUUUGGCCCAGCACAAGGAAACGCCUCAACUCUCCCACCACAGAAACAAAACCCCCCUACCCCUCACGUCUCAAACGACCGUACAUCGCUGAAAGCUAUGCCGGCGAACUUCUCACUCUCCAUUUAAAGUCUUAUAAAGUAAAGUUUGGGAUUUUUAUUUUUGAGAUUUUUUGAUGGAGAAAGGAGAGAGCAUAUUGGAAGCGAUCUACGAAGACGACGAUUUAGGAGAUGGCGAAGACGUUGAGAUGCUUGACGUUGAAGGAGAGGUUGUGGAUGAUAACUUAGCAAAUGGUUGGGAAAAACCCGGCGUUGCAGAUGUUAACGGUGAAAAUCAAGGGCCCCAGAGUAAAAACAAAAAGCGCAGAGCAAAAAAGAGGAAGAAUAAGAAAAAAAGGGGUGGUUCGGGACCUGAAGCUUUGGAUAUAAACAAGUUUGUGUUAGAUACUUGUAGACGGUUAAAAGAGAGGAAGUCAUACAUGGUGUACACUGCUGUGGGAUGUUUAGGGGUUUCUGCAUUAAGUGAUCUUGUUAAAGAGGUGGAUGCAAUUCAAUCUUGUGGAGGUCAGAUGACUGCUGAUGGCAGACGUUGUCGGACAGGUGGUGGCAUAUUAUGGAAUAUCAUGAAAGUACAAGAACCAGCUGCUUAUCGAGAAAUAAUGAAAAAAUCCAAGGACUUUGAGAAGCAAUUUAAGCAACAAAAUAUCAGACAACCACCAUCACAGAACAAAGAGAACUCUUCUCAAGAAACUGCCUGUACACUGACUAAUGGAACUUCAACUAGUGUUCCAGAAGAUUCUCAACUAAUUCCUCAAAACCUGCAGGAACAGUUCAGUGCCGAAGGAACACGCAAAUCUGUUCAUGAUAGGAUUAGGGUUCCUGUUUCAUAUGAAGACCUUCUAGGAGAGGAUCCAAAAGAUGAUUAAUGUGAUCAUUAAAAAAAUUGAAAUUUUCUUGGCAUCGAUUUUGCAUGCAUAGAUUUGUUGAUACAACAGAUUUUAUAUCAUUGGGAAAGGCUACAGAUGAGAUCAUUUUUCCACAGUUAAUGCGAGAAUUAUUAGUUGUUCUUGAAUCAAAAUUCCAUUUAAGAAGUAGAGAACUUUAUUAUUAUCUGUAGCCAAGGCCCUUUUUCGUUGGUCUAGCCCCCAUCAUAAGUGUAAGAAAACAAAACACAGGUUGAUGUCCAUCUAUAAGCUUAGAGAUGUCAUGUUUUCUGUUUGUCUGUUGAUAUAUGCGCUGAGACAGUGCCUGGUGGUAUUUGCAAAAUCAAAACAAGACGAUAAGUACUUUAGAAUUUGGAUCUAUCAUCGUUUAAGGAAUCAAUUUUUUUUCCCAGCGUUUUGCAUCGGUAGUUUGGAUAUCCCGGACAUCUUUUCAGAUGACCAAACUUCAUCUAGAAUGCCGACUUUAAUUUCUAUAACAUUAUUAUAUCAGUUAACGGAAAUAUAUUUGUAAUCAAAAGAAAUUUUUUGUAUUGAUGAUAAGGAGGAUUGCUUUAGGUCAAGUUAGAAUAAUCCAUCAUAAAAUCAAAAACAAUGUAUUAGGAUUAAG